CUCCUGGCAGCCACCAUGAAGCGCCUCAACCUGCUGUGCUGCUGCGUGGCUUCGCUCCUGCUCCUCGGCACGGCAGAAGAGGUUGAGGAUGCCAGCGAGCCCACCAAGCGCGACCGGUCCCACUUGGAGAACACCCUCAAGCUGAAUGAAGACAAACCUGCAGAUGACUUCUCAGGAGUACUGCAGCGGCUGAGGAAGAUCUACCACUCCUCCAUCAAGCCCCUGGAGCAAUCCUACAGAUACAAUGAGCUGAGGCAGCAUGAGAUCACAGAUGGGGAGAUCACUUCCAAGCCGAUGGUGCUAUUCCUGGGACCGUGGAGCGUUGGCAAAUCCUCUAUGAUAAACUACCUCCUUGGGCUGGACGACACUCCCUACCAGCUCUAUACAGGGGCAGAACCCACCACCUCUGAAUUCACCGUCAUCAUGCAUGGCCCCAAGCUGAAGACCAUCGAGGGCAUCGUGAUGGCUGCUGACAGUGCACGCUCCUUCUCGCCCCUGGAGAAGUUCGGGCAGAACUUCUUGGAGAAGCUGAUUGGAAUAGAGGUGCCUCACAAGCUCCUGGAGCGAGUCACCUUUGUGGAUACACCAGGCAUCAUUGAAAACCGCAAGCAGCAAGAACGAGGUUACCCAUUCAACGACGUGUGCCAGUGGUUCAUCGACAGAGCUGAUCUCAUCUUUGUUGUCUUUGACCCUACGAAGCUGGACGUGGGCCUGGAGCUGGAGAUGCUGUUUCGCCAGCUGAAGGGCCGUGAGUCUCAGAUCCGAAUCAUCCUGAACAAAGCCGACAGCCUGGCUACCCAGGAGCUUAUGAGGGUCUACGGAGCCUUGUUCUGGAGCCUGGCUCCUCUGAUCAACGUCACGGAGCCGCCCAGGGUGUACGUCAGCUCCUUCUGGCCCCACGAGUACCACCCGGAUACCCACAAAGACCUGUUCCUCAAAGAAGAGAUAUCGCUCCUGGAAGAUCUCAACCAGGUGAUUGAGAACAGGAUGGAAAAUAAGAUUGCCUUCAUACGCCAACACGCCAUCCGGGUGCGCAUCCACGCCCUGUUGGUCGAUCGCUAUCUGCAGACCUACAAGGACAAAAUGACCUUCUUUAGCGAUGGGGAACUGGUGUUCAGAGACAUUGUGGAAGAUCCUGACAAGUUCUUUAUUUUUAAGUCCAUUCUGGCGAAGACCAACGUCAGCAAAUUUGACCUCCCCAACCGCGAGGCUUACAAGGACUUCUUUGGCAUCAACCCCAUCACUGGUUUUAAGCUGCUGUCUCAGCAGUGUUCCUACAUGGGAGGGUGCUAUUUAGAGAAGAUUGAGAAGGCCAUCACUCGUGAGCUUCCCGAUCUGCUGGGAAGCAUUGGCUUGGGGAAGAAGCCCAACGUUCUCUCCUGCGACGUCACCGGCUGUGGCGAAACCCCAAAGAAUCGCUACAAGAAACCGUAAGGUGUUCUGUACCGUAACCAUCCUCGUGUUCCUACCGGUGAAUGAGCUUAUGUCUUAUCUGUCCAAGAAGCCAUGGUUUGUUAACCCUUUGAGUGCCACACUGGCAAAGGCUACUGUACGAUGAGGACUUUGAGUCAUUGACAUCAAUGGCAGGGGAAGAUGGGUGGGCAUAAGAAAGAGAAUAAAAACUGUGAAUUCCUGACAUUUUAUCUUUGUUCUUUUGCGUAGAAGGCAAUGUUUAGGCUGUAAGUAUGAGAAAUGUGUGGUGAGAUAGAACUGUAGAUGCUUCUUCACUGGUGCCGAGAUGGGCGAACGGGAGUUUCAACCUCUGCAGACGUGAAGCUGGCAGGGAGCAAGAAUGAGGGCACGACGUGAGAGCACAGCGGUGACACAGAAACCUGGGGCAUCAGCAGGAGCCCUGGGGCACAGCACAAACAUCCUGCAAAUCCCUGCAAAUAUUGAUCCUGGUUUUCCUUCCAAGACUUUUAGGUUGCCUGGUGGAGUUCUCUUUUCAUGUAACAGCUGAGCUUAACUUGAUUCUGCAGCCUUCACCUGGAUGUGAGCCAUACGAAGGGAUUCGGUCCCCUGCUGGGUGUUUGGAGGGGCAUUCGUGGCUCCAGACGGGUUGUUGUGAUGAGAUUUGCAAGUCCAUGUCAGAGCAAGAAGUGGUCUGGAAAGGAGCUGCUGGAAACAGCCUCAUUGUGCUGGGGGAACAGGGAUGGCACCCCAAAUCACAGCAACCUGCAGGGCUGUGAGCAUGCUCUUCCUUCCCAGGUCAGCACAGAGACGAGGCACUAGUGCCUGCUGCUGCCAUUAAACUCAAAAAUCCUUACUGGCAAACAAAGCCUGAGUGUCAGCAGGCCUUUUUCAGUCCACGUUGAAUGUUUUCUUUGAGUCAAACCCCCAUGUUUUUGUGCUCUGUGAAGGGAAACAGGAAUGGAGGAUCACCAGCCGUGUUCUUUUCCCCUCUGCUGACCUGUUCUCCCCAGGACGAUCCAGGCAGGUUUCUGUGGCUUGUUCUCCAGACUUCACCCACAUUACCCAUGAUUUUCUUGGCUCAUCUCUGUGCGUCGACACUCAGUCCCAGCAGCCAUGGGAGAGUGAGCACUGCUUCAAGAAGGUGAUGUUCUCCUGGGAGCUGACCUUGAAACCCAGCAGUGAAGGCUGGGGGAUCAUGGCUGGCACUGAGUCCAGUGCAAGCCUCCAAGAGACAGGCCUGGAUGGAGAUUGGUGCCUUUGAGCACUCCAGCAAUCUGCCAAUGGACCACCACUAAUGCUGCUCUCCAGGAAAGCUCCAGUGCUGAAGGACUUACCUUUGUUAGGAACAAGAAGACGUGAAGGUGCCAGGUGAGGCAAGAAAAAGGCAAAGGCUAUGGAUGAGGGAAAGAGAAUGAAGGACAUGGAAGGCUCUGUUGUGUUGAGAAGGGUGUGAAGAGCAGCAUCCCUUGUCUUCCCUUGCCCCGUGGGAUGUAGGUGAAGAGAAGAUCCAUGGGGCUCCGUGUCCCUGGGCACUGGGGCUGGGUGCUGUCAGGAGGUCCCUUGAGCCGUGGUGGGCUUGUGGGACUCCACCCAGGGACUUCCUGUGCUCCCUGCCUCUGCGUGGCAGUGGGACUGAAGCUGGACUGGUUACGAUGAAGCACCUCCACGUCCAGGUGUAGAAAGAGGCAUGUCUGAUGGGAGGGGACUGCAGGUAACGAGUGAAGGCAAGGAGAGGUGCUGGAGAACGCAGCCAGGAUAGCCUGGGGAGAAGUGAUGCACUCAUGAGUCAGUGCUGCGAGAUCUCAAACCUGCCCAGAGCUGCUGCCUCCCUUCACUCUGUUUCUUUUUCCUUCUUUUACACGAUCCCAUUGCUCAUCAUCGUCCCUCUCUGUCUCACCCACUCUUUCUCGCCUCUCACUGUCCUCGGCCAGGCGAAUUUGCAUGGUUUUCUUAGGAGCUAAUGGAGUAGAAACACUGACAGAAAUGUGCUGAUGUUGUUGCUGUUCCUGCUGUCACACUGUGUGUCGUUGUCACGGUAAGCAAUGCACAGAGAAGCAAACUUUCUAUUUGCAAGUGCUGCAUUGUGCCAUCUCUUUCUCUGUGGUCUUUGUCCCUCCAGAGCUGGUGGGUUCAGUCUGGGGUGCCUCAGGCCCCAUAAGGAGCCCAAUCUCUCCCUAUGGCCUUGGGCCCAAGGGCAGCAUUACUCUGCUCUCAGGAUGCUCCCAUCCUCCUCCCAGACCUUUUCCUUUUGCUCCAGCUUGUCUUCAGCGCUCAUUGCCUUCUCUCCUAUUUACACCCCUCUCUCCACCAUCCGCACACCCUGUGCACCCCCUGAGCAUAAGGGUCCCAGAUGGGGCUCCUCCAUGAUGGCCAAUGUCUCUCCCCAGUAGGGAAGACUGGGGUUCCUGUGCAAUGCCCCACGCAGCACUGCGUGUGAGAGCGAUGGCUCAAUGCCAGAGACAGCCUUGGCCCCAUGCUGGAGGGGCAGGUGACACUGAGCCGGUCCCAGAUGUGGGAUCAGUCAGCCCAGCCCCUCUCAGCUGUAUGAGGGGAGCUCUGGGAAGGGGGAGUAUGGAGACCUUGGUGUUUUGCUUAGAAACCCUAAGCCUCUGUGUCCCCAGUACCAGGGCUGCAGGCAUCUGUCCUGAGAGGGUGCUGGGCAGAUGCUGUUGGGAGUGGGGUAGCUGGGGUACAGGCCUGUGUAGAUGCCCAGAUCAUGUGCAUUUGAAUGAAACUGUCAGUUUGAACAUCAGCCUGUCUAAUAAAUCCUGAUCUUUUCCAAACUCAUUCCCCAUGGGUGCUUGCUUAGUUUUUCUCACUGUUGUGGUGUGAGGAAGGGGUAGGCAGGGAAAGCAGACAGCGGGGGUUGUGUCUGUUUCCCAGGGGUGAGGAGGAGUGCUAACCCACAGAGGCUCCCCCAAGCAUAGGGUUCCCCUUACUGCCCUGUCACAAAGCCCAGGGACACGUGUGAGCAGCCAACAUCUUUCAUGGCCGUGGCUUCUGCCCCUGGAGCACUGCGUCGGUGCCUGACCUGCCUGGGGACCUGCUGCCCAGCUCUGUCUGUGUGUCCUUCCAACAAUCUGUCUAGCUCACUGAUCUGAAAGGGUUGUUGCAGGAAAGCUGGAGGAGGAGGAGGAAUGUCUCGCUCAGCCGUGGCUUCCUUUGGAAAGUCUGGAAAAAACUGUGGCAUCUUGACGUGCGUGAAGGUCUGACUAGCGAAAGCACAUUUUCUUUCCAAAGCUGCUUUAGAGAUGUGAAUCAUGAGAAAUUAAUGCUUCUGGCAGGAUGAAAAUUGAUUCCCCUGAGACACAGCACUGGCAGCAGCUCUGGCGCGUCCCUUGGAUGGAAAACACGAGCAUUGCUCCCAGCCUUGCCGUGCUGCAGCCCGGGGCUCGGCAGUGGCACUGCUGGCACUCAGCACAAGGCGAUGGUCCCACUGCCUUGGUGCCCAUGGAACACCCCGAGGUCUCCAUCACCUGCCCUGGUGUGUAUGGAGCGGAUGGGCUGCUCCUUGCCAUAAGGGAAUCCAGAAUAAGCUUCCCCCCAGAUUUUUGUAUUUUUCCCAUUGGAAGGUUACCACCUGUAACCUCAUCACUGCAGCGUUGCUGCAUUUCAGUGAUGAAAGUAUCAUAGAAUGGUUUGUGCUGGAAGGGACUUAAAGACCAUCCACUUCCAACCCAACCCGGUGGCUUUUUGCAAUGAGGUUGAUAUGGUUUCUAUUUCUAUGCUGCAGAGGCAAGUUGAUUUUUCUCAUGGUGAGCACGAGGCCAACACUUCUCAGUGUUGGGAGGGAAGGGAGCCCCAUGGCUCUCCACGUAUGACUUCCCAUGGAAGGGUGAAGGGUGCCUGCCUUUCCUCAGCCAGCCGUGCACGGGGAGCUGGCAGCUCGGUGCCUUCCAUCAGAGCAGGACCAAUGGCGCCCUGCAGGGAGCCAGGGUGCGACCCAACAGGCUGCUCCUUUUGCAGCACGUUCAUUAGUGGCUGUUUAAUUACAGAACGCAACGAUUAGCCGCUCUGAAACGCUAACAUGCACACGCAUGGAAUGCGACGAGCAAUUAGUGCUGCUAAUAUUAGCGGGAGUAGCAGUGGGAGGAACAGGAAAAAGCACAGCAGCACGGCAGCAGCCACCAGAUCUGCUCCUGCAGCCACCGGGGGACCUUCUGCAGUGUCAGCAUCCCCUCCAGGUGACCCAGUGAGGGUGCUGCCCGAUGCUUCUCAAUGCCAUGGUUAAUGGUUGCUGCUCCUAAAUCUGGUGUUUUUCAGCAGGACGGAGGAUUUCCAGCCAGAAGCCCACCUACUGCCCUACCUGUCAUUAAAAAAUCAUUGCAGUUAUGUCGCUGUGGGAGGAAGGAAGAGUAAACUGUCAGCUCUUUGGCUAUCCACGCACAUCUGCAUCCGAGAGUUUCCGCUUCGGUGGCUGCUGCAUUCCCCCUUCCCACGCCCCACAUGCUGCUCUUCUCCCAGCU